AAUACGGCCUAUAGCACACGAUUGACGUCAUCCAUGGAGGUGCAACUCGCCGAUUGCUACAAGUCAUUAAUUAAUCAAGACAAGCUUGAAGUAGAACUUCCACCUGUUCAAGUUCAGUUGGGGGAAGUGGAUUGCGGUGUAUUCGCGAUAGCGUUCGCGUACGAUCUUGCUGCCGGAAAUGACCCCUCCAACGUACGUUACGACCAAUCCAAGAUGCGUGAACAUUUGACGAACUGUUUGGCAA